AUGGCCAAAAAUAAAGUUGCGCCGAUCAAAAAACAGACAUUGACAUUACCGCGUCUGGAGCUGAUGGGUGCUGUCAUAGCAACGGAGACUAAAUCUGCUCACCCGUGGAAUAAAUCCCGCAGUACUACACGAUUCUCACUUGUGGUGAAGGGCCCAGAAUGGUUAUGUAAUCGUGAAUCCUGUCCUAAAUGUGAACUUUACGAUUCGAGUGAGCAAAGCGAUAUAUCUGUCAAUCACUUACAGAUAGAAACCACUCAGCAGCCCCUCGAAUCGAUUUAUACACAUACUAAUCAGCCUGUUGAUGACCGCGAACGUACCAUGACCGACACCGAACAUAAUAAUUCUGACACUGAGGGAAUACCAGCCGGCAUUCAUCAAAUUAUUGAUAUUCAUGCAUACAAUGACGUACAUCGUCUUCUGCUUGUAACAGCAUAUGUGUUACGCUUUGUCACCUUAUUGAAGAAAUGUAUCAUAAACAAUGACAAAACGCCGCCAGUUUCGAACACCAAUAAUCGUCCACAAACAACGAUGCCUUCAGCAACGGAGAUUAUUAACGCAGAAACGGUUUGGAUACAAGCUAUUCAACACACAGAAUACGCUAGUAUAAUCACCGGUCUUGAACGGAAUAACCACAAGAUUGGACCUCUGAGUAAACAAUUAAAAUUAUUCCUGGACGAAGAACUACUAAGGACAGGUGGUCGUAUACAGAACUCUAAAUUGGAUUACAAUACUAUACAUCUAAUUCUCCUACCAAGUCAUCAUCAGUUUACAAUGAUGAUUAUAAAUGCAACGCAUCUCAGACUGAACCACGCUGGUUCUCUGGCAACUACCACAGCUACAUGUAUACGCGAACGCUAUUGGGUUCCGUCUAUUCGUCACGUCGUAAAUACCAUUCUCCACAAAUGUGUGACGUGUAAACGAGUCGAUGGGCAUCCUUACUGCAAACCAAUACCCGCCCCAUUACCAGAUUAUCACGUACAUCAUACACCCCCAUUCUCAACAUGUGGCAUUGACUACACUGGGGCUCUGUUUGUCAAAAACCCACAUAAUAACACUAUCACGAAAGCUUACAUCUGCUUAUUCAUGUGUGCUAUAACCAGAGCAAUCCAUUUGGAACUAGUGUCGGAUAUGAUGACAACCACGUUCAUGCUAGCCUUUAGACAUUUCGCCGCCCGAUGUUCAACUCCCACGAUGUUGAUUACCGACAACGCUACAACCUUUGUAUCGGCAGCUAACGAGCUUAAAGAAAUCAUAUCAGACCCAGAAGUUCAAUCAUUUCUAACAAAGAUUCAUACUACUUGGCGAUUCAUUCCCAAACGUAGUCCCUGGUUUGGUGGGCUAUAUGAGCGCAUGGUGGGAAUUACUAAAAAUGCCCUAAAGAAG